CACAGAGGAUGCGCUGAAACACUCGACAGACUGCUCUAUUUUCCAGCUUAUUUAAACACAUUAGUGUGCAAGCUGGAGCGAUACAGAAGGGGACAGGGAAGAAAAACCUUCACAGCAUCUUUCAGGAAACGUAUGCCUCGCGGAGGUUUGCUGCCAAAGCUCUCCAAGGAGACAGCUCCCGCCGCGAGCAGGGCUGGCUGGGCGCCCGGGGCUCUGUCCGGGGAGCUCAGCCCUUUGCCACGCUGAUGGGAAGAAUUCCUUGUCACUGCCUCGCUGAAAACUGCGUCCCUCAGAGGACUUUGGACGCCACCAUGCCAGCCCAGCAGAAGAAAAUUAUCUUUUGCAUAGCCGGGGUGUUGAGCUUUGCUUGUGCGCUGGGGACCGCAGCAGCCAUCGGCACGCAGCGGUGGGUUAAGGGGAUGAUACUCUGCAAGACGGGAGCCCUGCUCGUCAACGCCACUGGCCAGGAGCUGGAGAAGUUCAUUGGCGAAAUCCAGUAUGGGCUUUUUCACGGCGAGCGUGUGAGGCAGUGUGGGCUCGGGGGGAGACCCUUCCAGUUUUCAUUUUUUCCAGAUUUGCUCAAAGUUAUCCCUGCAAGUAUCCAUGUUAGUGUCAUUCUCUUCUGUACAGUACUGAUUAUCUUUGCUCUGGUGGGAGCAGGUUUCUUCAUGUUCAAUGCUUUUGGCAGCCCUUAUGAAACUCUGCAUGGCCCCAUCGGGUUGUACCUCUGGAGCUUCAUUGCCUGUUCCUGUGGUUGCCUCAUCAUGAUUCUCUUCUCUUCAGAAGUGAAAAUCCACCACCUUUCAGAGAAAAUUGCUAAUUUCAAAGAGGGAAGUUUUACAUUCAAGACUCACAGUGAACAGUUUGCAAAUUCAUUCUGGAUCAUCCUGGUUUGCUCCCUGGUGCACUUCCUGAACGCCUUGCUAAUACGUUUUGCUGGAUUCCAAUUUCCCUUUUCAAAAUCAAAAGAUUCAGGGACAAUCACUGGAGCGGUUGACCUGAUGUAUUAGAACUACAUAAUUUAAGAACAUUUCAAGUAAAGAGGUUCAUCACUGCUACAUUCAACAACCACCAGAUGUACUAACUUGUAAAUGAUUAGCUCUAAAGAAGUUAAAAAGAGUGAAGGUUUCAAAUAAACAUCAAUAUGGCAUAUGCAGUAAACAAAAGAUGACAUGCUACUUGGUAAUGUCUAGAUCAAAAUACCCUCUCUUUCUUGGGGUAAGCCCUUAUGAAGACAUUUGCCUUUUUUUCCAGCAAGUUACUUGAAAAGUAGCUGGUAUAAAAAAAACUAGGAAUAUCAAUAGCAUUUAACAGGAUCUGGAAAGUAAAAUAAGUGGGUUGCAGUAGAGGCACACACUAUCACCAGCAGCAGUUUCACCCUUUAGCCCUUGCGAAGACAAGGAUGCAGUUAUUACCAUGUCAGGGCAGUGGAGAACAAGGACACCCAGCAGAGCUACAGACAUCAAACAAGAGAAGAGAAAUUGUACGGGCUUUGCUCGUAACACACAUCAGGCUCCAUCUCAAAAGCACAAUGCUCAGGAGGAACACAAUGCUAUAGCAAGUGCUUGCAGGACAAAACCCAAACACCUGAACCCACCACUAACACUUUAACAUAGCAUCACAUGCACGGCAAUAUCAUAAUUUCUGUCCAUAAAGCUCUCUUUUGGUUUUUUAGUUUUAACAAACCAAAUUGUAACCCUUUGACCCUGAAGUCCCAAAAGCCCUCAUUUCCCUGUGCCACCACGGUGGCUGGGGGCUUCACGAUCUUGGUUAAAAAGCGGCACACGGCAAAGCAGGAUGUAGAGGAGAUGCAACACACUCCUGCUUGCCUGCGGGAGGCAGCCUGGCUUGGUCCUGCGGAACAACCCCUCUGCAACGCACCAAAGCAAAGAGCAUUUCCCAGAGCAAAGGGACAGGAGUGAGACCAGGCACCCUUCACAUUGCACUGCAGCCUCCCAAAGCCUCACGGUCAGAAGCAUGAAGAGCCCUGCCCAGAAAAGAGCCCCGCAAACUCUCUCUCAUCAAACAAUACAAAUAAACAAAGUCAAAACCUUUGACAAAGGGCAGCAACAGACAGGCUUACAAGGCAUGCUGCAGUUCAUCAGAGAGCAAUGAAGAAAUACGUGAGGUUCUCUACCUCAAGGCAUGCAGGAAGCCAGAAUGGACCAACACAUCAGCCCCUACACGCUUAAACUUCUGCAGGUCAGUUAAAGCAACCAGACCACUCAUCCCAGGUACAGCUGAGCCAGCCCAGUUACAAACAGAGAGAUGAAAAGAGCAUUAUGCCACCAAACACUACCUCUGUGGGAUUACAUGGGUACCUUGAAGAUGAGGCGGUCCUUGCAGGACACAGAAACAACAUUCAGAACAAACACAAGAGGAGACAUGCAGAGGGGCAGGUGCUGCCCCAGCCGCCCAUUUAUCUGCAGGGGCUGCAGCCUGCUUCUGCACAGCUGGAGGCGAGGAGCAAUCCCGCUCAGCAUCCAUCGAGUCACCUGUGGUGCAAAUCAGGCCCAGGUGCCUGCUAGGACUCACCUCUGGAAACCAUAAGCUUCAGGCUCUAGCAACCUGCAAGAUGACCUCACUGACUUUUAUGCCAUUUUUUUUGUACUUCUACUACAAAUGGCAAAACAUUGCUGGGUUUUGUGUAAAACGUUUGUCAACUAUAGCCCUACUCCACAAACCGUUUCACAAAGCAGCUCAGUCUCCCCAUGCUGUACCCCAUCUCCCUAGAUUUUUACAAUGUGUAAGGGCUACUGCCAGAUGCCACGACCCCCAACCUUUUUUUCAUCAUUUUCGUCUUAAUUAAUAUGCAUAUUCUUCUUAAUGUUAAUGUAUCUUCUUAAUGCAUAAUUUGUAUUACAUCUCAUGGUAUUGUUUACUAUACAGAAAAUAAUGAGGAGUAACGUUCCAUCCUUCUCGUUCCUGACGUUUCAUGAAGCUGCUCUGCUUUGCAGCUCUGUGGCAGCUUUGGCAAUCGGCAGCGUACAGGCUGCUCACGUGCGUGUGUCUUUCUGAGUGAUCCUUGCCAGUCCUGAAGAAGGACCCGGCGCCUAUGUGUGAAAUACAGAGUUGCCCAGACCUGCCUCAGCUCAGAAGAUAAACCCGUUCCCAUUCCUUUUGCUGUGCAGGAGAGAGCAGCCCCUGACUCAGCGUCCAGGCGUUUUUGGGGGGGAUCACGUCCCAAAGAGCCUGGCUCCACCGCUCCCCCCCGCAUCCCACCCCGCUCACGAGCAUGAGGCCAGCUGUUAUUUGCAUUCUUAUCCAGUUCCCAAGGCAAACAUAGCAACUUCUUACUAGCAAAAUAAAAUUGAGACAAUAUUUGUGUGUUUGACCAGCUGAAAG